AUGAAGUCAGUGCUGAUUACCGGGUGCAGCGAUGGCGGAAUUGGCGCUGCCCUAUCCAUCAAAUUCCAACAGAAAGGAUUCAUUGUUUUCGCUACCGCAAGAACAUUUUCAAAGAUGACCGAGCUUCAAGAUGUGCCAAACAUCAAAUUAUUGGAACUGGAUGUCACAUCAUCGAUUGAUAUACAGUCGGUACUCAAAGUGGUGCAAGAAACAACAGGCGGGAAGCUAGAUGUUCUUAUCAACAACUCCGGCCAACAACUUGUGGUCCCCAUGCUCGAUAUGACUCCUGAUUUCGGGCGCAAACUUUUCGACGUAAACUUCUGGGGUGUCUUUGAUAUGAUCCAAGCAUUUACACCGUUCUUAGCGGCAGUUAAAGGUAUUAUUGUGAACGUGUCGUCAAUCUGCAGUUACCUUCAUACGCCAUUCAUGAUCUUCAUCAAUUUGAAAGGUGUAUACAAUGCUUCAAAAGCCGCUCUCACUAUGUUCGGUGAAACUCUACGUUUGGAGAUGAUGCCCCUAGGUAUCAGAGUCUUGACAGUGAUCACGGGGGCCGUCGAAACAAAUAUUAUGAAGAACGGAAGUGUCCCCUCUCUCGAUCCAUCACUUCCGUAUCACAAAUCUCAGCAACGAAUAGCCCAGCUUGCAUCCGGGAAUGACGGUGUCAAGCGGAUGAAGAGGGAAGAAUUCGCUGGGAAGUUGUUAGAAGAUGUCCUUCGAGGGAGCAAUGGUAAAGUGUGGAGAGGAGCUUCAGCUUCAGUGACACAUUUUGCGUCACUUUUAAUGCCUGUGACUAUCUUGGACAUUAUUCUGUCAAGGAACAGCGGGCUUUCAGACAUCUUAAUUGAUACUGCUGCUCGCUAUUCACCUGGUAAUCCAGGCGGCUCGGAGACAUUGCUUGGUCAACUAGUUGCUGCUAAGCAGGGGUUCAUCAUUGAUACCAAAAUCAAUAUCCCAGAUGCCAAUAUUGCUACCGGUGCGGGAUCUUUAAGCCCUGCCGCUAUAUCUAAGUCUAUCGAUGAGAGCUUUCGUCGGCUCAAUGUUGAAAGUGUUCACAUUUUGCAUUUCCAUCGAUCUGAUUCUGUCACCCCUGUGGAAGACCAAGCAGCCGAGAUGCAUAAACAAUAUAUGGCUGGUCGUUUUGAAAAGUUUGGGGUUUCCAAUUUCACGCCGCAGGAGCUUGCUGAGCUUAUCUCUGUGUGCGAAAGGAAAGGCUACAUUAAGCCAAGUACAUAUCAAGGGUGCUAUAACGCGAUUGACCGCCAGUUAGAGAAGACCCUGUUUCCGUUGCUCCGUGAACAUGGCAUUGCAUUCAAUGCGUAUAGGCCCCUAGCAGGUGGCUUCUUGUCAGGCCGAGCAACGCGAGGUGAUUUAGAGAACUCUCGAUUCUCGCCUGAAAAUCCAGUAUCGAAGAUGUUGAAUGAUGAAUACGACAAGCCAAAUCUUCAUGCUGCAAUGAGAGAGCUCUUACAAGCACUUGAGCCACAUGAUAUCAGCGGCUCGGAGGCUUGUCUUCGAUGGAUGUUCUACCAUUCUGCCCUGGGAGAUGGCGACGGUGUGAUUCUUGGAGCUAGCAGAACUUCUCAAGCGGUGCAGAAUCUUCAGGAUAUUUCCAGGGGGCCUCUGCCAGCGGAAAUAGUGGGAAGAAUUGAUACGAUCUGGAAACUUCAAUAA